GGUAUCAUUACUAGGCACACACUAACAGACACUUUUCCUCUGUUUUCUUCCAUCCAGGAUGAGCUGGCGGUUUGCUUCUCUGCUGCUCUGCAUCCUGGCUUCGGGAUGCUGGGCCACAAUUUCCUCCCAAGGGCUGCUGCCUCAGUUGCUCUCCCCUGGCUGCAAUCAUUCCCAGGUUUUGGCAGCGGCAGGUUUCGCUCUCGAACAAAUUAACGCUGACCAAAAAGAGGGCUAUGAAUUAAGCCUAAACCAAGUCAUCAACGUCCAUGAACAUCGCCAGGAUUUUGGAGGCUCUGUCUACUAUCUCACCAUGGCUGUGUUAGAAACUCGUUGUCAUGUACUCAGCAGGAAACCAUGGAAAAAUUGUGAAACUAGGCGACUCCAUGAAUCGGUCUAUGGCAAGUGCAAAGCAAUAUUUCACCUUAGCUUGACAAGAAGAAUUCUGAAUCUGCUAGCCUAUAACUGCACCCUCCGCCCUGUUUCUCGGAAGAAAAUUGUCUCUAUGUGUCCUGACUGCCCAACCACCAUCUCAACGACGGACAACUCUGCCAUUGCUGCGGCUACUGAAUCGCUUGCCAAAUACAACGCCUUGGAAACAAAGUCUAAAUAUUCCCUUCUCAAAAUCACCAAAGCGUCGAUGCAGUGGGUGUUUGGUGCUAACUACUUUGUGGAAUAUUUGAUUGGAGAGUUGCCAUGCAGCAGUUCCCCGUCUAAUCCUGGCAUUUGUUUGCUCCACCUCGAAGACACUAACCCUGUUGGUCUUUGUGUGGGUUCCAUGAGGAGUAAAAGGGACGAGGAGAAUUCCGUCUCAGUCUCCUGUAAUCUCUUCGAAAAACAGGGUUCUGAUCCCAGAAAAGAAAGGCCUGGAGCUGGCCAUGGCUCUGGGCACCAGCAUGAGCACCACGACGGGCAUGGGCACGGGCAUCGAAACAAAACCCACCCCAGGCCCCAUCCCGGGCAACCACACGACCACCCGCAUGGGCACCGGCCCGGGCACCAGCAUGAACACGGGAACAAAACCCACCCCAGGCCCCAUCCUGGGUCCCCACACGACCACCCGCAUGGGCACCGGCCUGGGCACCAGCACGAACACCGGAACAAAACCCACCUCAGGCCCCAUCCCGGGCCUCCACACGGCCACCCGCAUGGGCACCGGCCUGGGCACCGGCCCGAACACCAGAACCAUACCCACCCCAGACCCCAUCCCAGCCCCCCCCACGGGCACCCUCACCAUCACGUCUCCGGGAAGCCCCAGAGGCCGGUCGGAUCCAUUCAGAUCCUCCCCGCUUUGGAUGGCGAGCCGGGAGAGGCUCCCCAGCAAGUUCCAUUCCCGGUUCAGGUGACCUGGACGUCCCAUCCCGAGGCAGGACACCAGGACUUUCCCGAAAACCACCCAGUCGUUCUGCAGUUCCCGGAGGAGAGGGCAGAAGGGUGCCCGGGGACCCCCAAGGAAGGCAACCACUUGAUUCUCCCAUCUUGAACGGGCCAAGGGCCAACGAGAUGCCUGCUUCAGACCAGAGAGAAUCGAGGAGGUUUCCCGCUUCGACUAGGUUCUGGAGAAUAAAAUCCAUUUUCACGCUC